UGGGCUUGGCCCAUCUUCCCAAUAUGAGUCGCCGUCGUCUGAGUUCGCCAUGGCGAUUCUUCAAAUUUACAGUCUUUGGAUAUCACAAAGAGGGUUUUAGCCAUUAGGGGUUUAUCGAUUUCGGAUUGAAAUUCAAGAUACCUCUUAUAAACAUCUUAAGGAUUUGGGUACUCUUACUCUUACCAUUUUUGAUUAAAUAUGGGUUGGAAAGCAGCUGAGAAGCUUAUUAGGCAUUGGAAGAUUGUCAGGGGAGAUAAUGUGAUGAUAACAAGGGGCAAAGACAAAGGUGAGAGUGGUCUUGUUAAGCGUGUUGUUCGCUCUCAGAAUCGAAUUAUUGUUGAAGGCAAAAAUCUGGUUAAGAAACAUAUCAAGCAAGGUCAGGGUCAUGAAGGUGGGAUCUUUACAGUUGAAGCCCCUCUUCAUGUCUCAAAUGUUCAAGUUCUUGAUCCAGUUACUGGGAAACCUUGUAAGAUUGGGACUAAGUAUCUUGAAGAUGGCACAAAAGUAAGAGUAUCCAGAGGUAUUGGAGCAUCUGGAUCCAUAAUUCCUCGCCCUGAGAUCUUGAAGAUAAGGACUACUCCAAGACCUACAUUUGCUGGUCCCAAGGAUACUCCAAUUGAUGUGGUGCUGGAGAAGACUUAUGAUGCAAAAAGAGGAGUAGGCAUGCCUGGUCUUUGAGGGGUGACAACGGGUACUCUUGAUUAAUUGUGUCUUGGAAAUAAGCUGAAGAUAUGAAGUGAGAUGAUCUAAAUACUGAUUUGCUGUGUGACCCUUUAGAUUCAAGAUAAUCAUUUCAUCUAGAAUUCAUGUAAUAAUUCUACUCUCUUAUGUGCCUGAACAUCUGAUUUUUCAGCUAAUCUUAUCCCGUGAAUGCUGUCAGAUGUUCUAAAUUUGCACCAAUACAACUGAAUAGUUGCUAGCUUAUUCUUUAUACAUUUGUUUCAGCUAUCUAUUUUUGGUUUAUAGUUCUUGUACA